AUGCAAGAGAGCAGUGUGAUUGAGCCAUUAACAAGCCCUUGGAGCACACCGGUCGUGCUAGUUAAGAAAAAGGAUGAGAGUACUCGUUUUUGCGUGGAUUACAGAAAACUGAAUGAUGUUACAAAAAAGGACAGCUACCCUUUGCCUCGGAUAGAUGACACUUUGGAUACUUUAACGGGCGCUAAAUGGUUCUCUACGUUAGAUUUGAAAAGCGGUUAUUAGCAGGUGGAGGUCGUGGAGUCUGGCCGGGAGGAAACUGUCUUUAGCUUAGGGGAUGGAUUGUGGCUGUUCUCCGUGAUGCCUUUUGGGCUUUGCAAUGCUCUUGCAACCUUCGAGCGUUUGAUGGAACACGUGCUUAAAGGCCUUAACUGGAAAACUUGUUUAGUUUAUCUCGAUGACAUCAUCGUUAUGGGAACAAGUUUUGACGACCACCUCAAAAACUCGGAGGAAGUCUUUCAACGAUUCGCUCCUGCUGGGCUUCGGCUGAACCCUAUGAAGUGCUUCCUGUUUAAAACGUAA